UCCCGAGACACGGAGCUACACAGCUACGCACCUAGAGAGAGGGAACCCGAGUGACAGGGUAGGUGAGCGAGAAGAAGAGAGAAAAGGCAAGAAUCCGUGAAUCGGGCUGGCCACGUCGACUUCGAGCCCUGCCAGCACCGCCGUCGCCACCCCAUCCUCCAUCCCUCCGCCUCAGCUCUCCUCGCCCCGCAGCGAUCGCCCGCGCCCAGCACGAGCAAUUGCUAAGUCUUCGCACCUCAUCAGCCGACUCUGUUGGCAGCGCCCCCCCCCUCCGCCGUUGGGUUACAUCGACAAGACCGCCUCGAGAUUAGGCGCUAUUCCCCAGACUCCCCUUUUCUCUGUCUCCCUCGACCGCGGCGAGGCGACCGCCACCUGGAUGCAUUAGCUCUCUCUCGAUAGCUCCAUUGGCGUCGAGCAACCGGCGAAUCGCAUAGCGGGCUCGACUCAAGCGACCGCGACAGCCACCAAGGACGAGACACGAGAUCCACCACCGACCCAGCUUACCUGCCUCGUCCUUUUUUUUGUUUCUUCCUUCCCCCCCCCCCUUUCGUUUUUCGUCGUUGGUCAACAUGCCACAUCGCGUUGUAGACUUCUUCCGUUCUUCCAACGACAGCAUCCACAACAUCAAGGCUUCCGUGCAGCGGAGGAGCAAUCCCAGAUCGCGGUCCGCCUCGCGAGACCGGUCUACGCGCCACUCCUCGCUGAGCUCCCACGACGACGACGCCGCUCGCCCGGCCGCAUCCCUCGCCAGGAUGGCCGACUUGACUAAGGACAAGCACAAGGACUCCCACUCCCACCACCGACUGAGCUUCCCGGGCCUGCACCUCGGCUCCUCGCGGUCCAAGGAUGCGACCCAGAACGCCAGCGCUUCGCUGGACUGGAAGAUCGAGUCACCGCCCGUCGUCAUGCACGGCGACGCCGAGAACAGCACCGGCGCCUUGGUCUCUGGCCAGCUGUACCUGUGCGUCAAGGAGGACAAUUUCGAGGUGGAGAGCUUCGAGGCCAAGCUUGAGAUCCACGUCACCCAGAAGCGGCCGUACGCGAGCCACUGCCAGAACUGCUCGAGCCAGACGUCCGAGCUCAAGACCUGGUCGUUUCUGGCCGACCCGACAAUUCUCUCCAAACGUACGCACGAAUUCCCCUUCUCCGUACUGCUGGAGGGCCACCUGCCGGCGACGACGGACAACCCCGUGGUCGCGAUCCGGUACGAAUUCACGGCAGAGGCGCGGCCGCGGGCGGGACUCGGACCGGCCGUGCGGCUGGUGCGGACGAUCGAUGUGAAGCGGUCACUACCCGUGCCGGAGCUACCGCACCACAGCGUGCGCAUCUUCCCACCGACCAAUAUCGCCGCGAGCGUCCACUACGCCCAGGUCGUGCAUCCGAGCAGCACCAACACUUUCACCCUGCGCCUCGACGGCAUCGUCCGCUCAAACCCCGACUCGAAGAGCGUCGAGUACUGGAAGCUCAAGCGCCUCUCCUGGAAGGUCGAGGAGCACAUGGAGGCCGUCGCCCCCGCCUGCGACAAGCAUGCCCCCAAGGAUCCGGACAGCGGCAGCACGAACAGCAACAGCAGCGGUAGCAAGAAGGGCGCCAAGCGCACCGACGCGCGCGUCAUCGCCCACGCCGACUUGCACAGCGGCUGGAAGUCGGACUACUCGCCGACGGGAUCCAUCGACAUGGAGGUGCAGUACGAGCUGGGCCCGGUAUCGAGCGCGAGCUCGAGCUCGCGGGCCGCGUCGGGGGCGUCGGGGACCGGUUGCUGCGACCUGAAGAGCGCCGACGGCACGCGAGUAACGCACCAGCUGGUGGUCGAGAUGGUAGUGGUGCAGGAGUACGCGCCAGCCGCGCACCCGCGGCACAUCGCGCCCACGGGCGUCGCGCGCAUCCUGCGCAUGCACUUCGGCGUGGCGCUGACGGAGCGCGCCGGCCUCGGCGUCAGCUGGGACAACGAGGCGCCCCCCAUCUACCAGGACGUGCCGCCGUCGCCGCCCUCGUACUCGUGCAGCAUCCCCUUCGACACCAUCGAGACCGUCGAGGAACUCAGCCUCAGCCCCGGCGCCGGCAUCGCUCGCCUCAGCCACGAGAUCCCCCGCGGUCAGAGCCCACCCUACGAGGAGAGGCCAUCGCCGGUGCUGUCGCCGCCGCUACCGCCGCCCGCGCCUUCGCCGUCGUCGAGCACGGGAGGGGACGGGCGGUGAUGAAGACAUAUUAGAGAGACCCACACCCAUAGCCACACGCUGUUAAUCGGGCAGGUCGGCUCUCAGUCUUCCACGCUCACGCGAACACAGACAUAACGAAAGGAAGGGAGAACGUGAACGAGGGAAAUUGCCGGGGAAGCAACACACCCGUGCUGUAUCCUCUCGACUUUCCAUCUUCA